UGUGACCAGGGGCCCGCGGGGCAGCGAUGAGGAGCUCUGCGCUCUGAGGCACCACACGGAGCCACCACGGUCCCAGGAGACACAGCAGCGACCUCGAGCAGGACCAUCCCAGAACCUGUAAGGAGAACCCCCGACCUGUUUGUGGUGAUCCCAGAAAGCUGAGCAGGGCACCAUGACCAGCCCCCAGGCAGUAAAAGCCUUCAAGAAAUCUGCUAUCCCAGGGGUUCUCAUCACCCAGUUUGUGAAUGAUGUUCCAGAAGGAUGCAGUACACCUGACUUUGAGAGGAAACCUCUCACCCUGACCCUGCAGGAAGGUAAAAAUGCCAUUUUCAGAGCUGUAGUCAAAGGUGUCCCAACCCCAGAGGUGAAAUGGUCACGUACACGAAAAGGGAUGGAUGAUCCUGCCAAGUAUGAAACGUCCUUCAAUAGUGCUACAAAUGAAUUCAUUCUGCAGAUCAACAGGCUGGUGAUGGAUGACAGUGAUUUGUACCGGUGCUGUGCUGUCAAUGAGUAUGGGGAGGCUUCCUGCUCCGUGGGCCUCAGGAUCAUCCAAGUUGGCUUUAAGAGGAAAGCAAAAUAUGUUCCUGUUCAUGCUGCUGAUGAGCUGAAGAAGACACUCCAGGACUCCAAGAAGCUGCUGAGGAAGAGGGUUGUAGCACCAAAACCCAAACCCCUGGACAAAGAGGCUGUGUGGCAGCUGCUGCUCCACGCAGACAGGAGAGACUACGAGAAAAUCUGCAUUAAAUAUGGAAUUGUCGACUUCCGUGGGAUGCUGAGGAAGCUGCAGGAGCUGAGGAAGGACACAGAGAGUGAACAAGAUGAGUUAAUUCACAGUAUCAAAAACUUGGAACACAUCAAAGUCAACAAGGAGGGAAACGCCACGUUCAGCCUGGAGAUGGAGCUGAAAAACAAAAACAGCAACGUGUAUCUGCUCAAGGACGGGCAGCGGCUCCGCUAUGGGACGGGGGACGAGUACAGGAAGCACUGCCUGAGGAGGAUUGGGAGGAGGUACCACUUCAUCGUCAACGACGUGCAGCCAGAGGAUGCGGGCGUGUACCAAGUCAGGGUGGAGGACGUCCCUGUUUUCUCCACUGAGCUGGAUGCUGAAGCCAUCCCCGCCCGGUUCCAGCAGCCGCUGAGCGACGUGCGCUGCCCCGAGGAGGGCGAUGCCGCGUUCCGCUGCGUCCUGCGCACCCCCUGCCACCACCCCGCCUGGCUGCACAAGACUCACGCCCUGCAGCCCGGCCCGAGGCACCACAUCUCCGUGUCGCCCGACGGCCUCACCCACCAGCUCAUCAUCAAGAACGUGGAGCCCUCGGACAGCGGGAUGUACACGCUGGAGGUCGGGCAGGGCUCCUCCAGCGCCUGGCUGCUCGUGGAGUAUGCCAAAGGGAAGAAGAGGCAGGAUGAGGAAGGAAUUGAAAAAAUCGAAAGGGAGACAUCUGAGUGGCUGAAGGAAACGAUGGCAGACAAUGAAAGGGCGAGGAAACUUCGGCGCCAGGAACGUGCCGGGGAUGAAGGUCAUGCCAUGGACACCAGCAUGGAAAAAAAGGGCUGGUACCGGAAGGGUCAGGGCAGCAGCCAGGACAGAGGCCAAGGCAGCGGCCAAGGCAGCAGCCAAGGCCACUCCAUGGAUACUGAUGAUGGAAGCCACGUAUUUUUGGGAAAAGAGGGGCUCCGCAAAACCCACAUAAACGGAGGGAUGGGGCCUGGGCAGUUUUCUGGAGCAGAUCUAGAUGGAGACUCAGUGACAAAUGAUGGCAGCAUCUUUGGAUUAAAAGGCUUAGGAGGCAAAGGUGGAUUGAGGCCUGUGCACGACAAGGACUCUGUGCCAGGCAGGGAAGGUCCUGGGGAUGGAGCAGGAGGAGCAGGGGGACGGGAUUCUGUGGCUGGCAGAGGAGAGGGUGUGCUGGGUGCUGGUUACAUGGACAUGGAUGGUGGAGAAGGUUUGGGCUCUCAGGAUGACAAGGAUGGGAAUUUAGGUGAUCCCAGCUCCAGAGCUGGCUUUGGGGGUGUUGGGAGGUUUGGUGCCACUGAUGGAAGUUCUGUGGCAGACAGGCUCGGUCCUGGUUCAGCCAGGGUGGGAGAUGGUAUGGGGGAUCUGUUCAGCAGGGCUGGCCCAGGGGCUGCAGCGUGGGGGAGUGCUGCAGGGGCUGCAGGAGGAAUGGGGUCCCACCAUGGCAAGGGUGGUGAUCUGACUGUGGGUGACAUGAACGGAGCAGGGAUAAACAGACAGGGACAAACAGGGGCUCCCUAUGGCAAGGACGGCCUGGCACCUCAUGCCAGUGCUCAGUUGGGUCAGGGGGGCAGGUCUGGCUCGCUGUAUGGCCCAGGUGGCCUUCCCAGUGGAGAUGGGGCUCUACCUGGUGCAGGUGGCAGUUCUGUAGGAGAAAUGGAGGCUUUCUAUGGUCCAGAUGGUCGGCCACUUGGAGCAGGGGCUGGUGGUGCUGGUGGUUCAGGUGCAGGGGGAUUUGGGGCUCCCUAUGGAAAGGAUGGCAUCCCUGCUGGAGCUGGGGUCGGUGGUGCUGGUGGAGGGGGAUUUGGGGCUCCCUAUGGAAAGGAUGGUGUCCUGGCUGGGGUUGGUGGUGUAGCUGGUGCAGGGGGAUUUGGGGCUCCUUAUGGAAAGGAUGGUCUCCCAGGUGGGGCUGGGGCUGGUGGUACUGGUGGUGCUGGUGCAGAACCACUUGGGUAUCCAUAUGGAAAAGAUGGCAUCCCUGCUGGACCAGGUGUUGGUGGAGCUGAGGGUGGUGGCUUUGGAGGUGUUGGAUCUUUGUAUGGGAAGGAUGGUCUCCCAGUUGGAGCAGGUGUUGGUGCUGCUGGUGUAGCUGGGGCAGGGAGAGUUGGUUCUCCCUAUGGAAAGGAUGGUCUUCCAGCUGGAGCUGGUGUUGGUGGUGCUGGUGGUGCUGGUGCAGGGGUAUUUGGGUAUCCAUAUGGAAAAGAUGGCCUCCCUGCUGGUGCAGGCACUGGUGGAGCUGCAGGUGGUGGCUUUGGAGGUGUUGGGUCUCCUUAUGGAAUGGAUGGUUUCCCAGCUGGAGCAGGUGCUGCUGGUGUAGGGGGAGGUGGGACUCCCUAUGGAAAGGAUGGUCUCCCAGUGGGAGCAGGGGUUGGUGGUGUAGCUGGUGCAGGGGGAUUUGGGGCUCCCUAUGGAAAGGAUGGUCUCCCAGCUGGAGCAGGUUUUGGUGCUGCUGGUGUAGCUGGUGCAGGGGGAAUUGGGGCUCCCUAUGGAAAGGAUGGUGUCCCAGCUGGAGCUGGUGUUGGUGUUGCUGGUGGUGCAGGGGUUGUGUCUCCUUAUGGAAAGGAUGGUGUCCCAGCUGGGGCUGGUGUUGUGUCUCCCUAUGGAAAGGAUGGUGUCCCAGCUGGAGCUGGUGUUGUAUCUCCCUAUGGAAAGGAUGGUGUCCCAGCUGGAGCUGGUGUUGGUGUUGCUGGUGGUGCAGGGGUUGUGUCUCCCUAUGGAAUGGAUGGUCUCCCAGCUGGGGCUGUGGCAGGAGCUGCUCCUUCUCCCUUUGGAGGUGAGGGAGUGAUGGGAUCCCAGCGUGGCAGGGAUGGUGGGCUGGGCACAGCUCCGGGAUAUCCAGGGGGAGCAGGAGGAGAGAACUUUUCCAUGGAAGGGGGGGGUGUGGGUGGCUCUGCAGCGUGGGACACUGGGUCUCCCUAUGGCAAGGACGUGGGAUCAGCUGGAGCCUGGGCUGGUGCAGGAGCUGGUGGGAGGUUGGGAGGGGAUGGAAGGGAUUCAUUCCUUGGUAAAGAAGGUAUGGGAGGUGGUGGUGGACCAGGUGGUGAAUAUGGAAAGGGCAUUGUCAAUGAUGCCAGAGGAUCGGGGAACCAAGGUUCGGUUGGUGACAGAGGGUCACUGUCAGGUCAAGGAGAUGUCUGGGGUGAGCUCAGAGAUUUAGGACAGUUGGGCUCCCUUUAUGGCAAAGAUUCCGCCUUUGGAGGGGCAGGGAGCAAAUCCUGGAACAGACCUGUUGAUGGGAGCAGUUCAGGUGGUUUCGGUCAAGGUCCACCCAGUCAUGACCAGAUGUCAGCUCUUUUUGGUGGGCUUGCCCCAGCAAGCCAGAGAAACGAGGAACCUGACGUGGAAGUUAAAGCAAAGGAUCUCCCGACCAACACGGAAAGUACAGCCCAGAAGAGACGGUCCUGCCUGGAUGAUCUCAAAGUCCCCCGGUGUUACCUCAACAAGCAGCUGGCCACGGUGCGGGUGGUGAAGGGGGAACCAGCCGAGCUCUCCUGCACCGUCAGCAAGGAUGACGUGACAGGAACCUGGUUUAAAGACGGGCUGAAGUUGACAAGCAUGCAAGGAGUCGUGUUUGAAAAGAAAGGUCUAGUCCACAAACUAAUUAUUAACAAAGCCGAAGACAUUCAUGCUGGGAAAUACAGGUUUGAAGGCGGAGAUGUGAAAACUGAGGCUUCAAUUUUUGUUGAAGACCCUCCACAGGUUGACAAAGUUCUCCUCAAGAACCUGAGCAAUGUCCCCAUGGUGGCCAAGGCUGGGCAGGCGGUGAAGCUCAGGAUCCCCUUCGAGGGCCGUCUGCCCGUCAGGGCCACGUGGCUCAAGGACAAGAUGGAGCUGGCAGAUGACACCAGGAUCCGUGUGGAUAAAACAGACACCCACACCACGCUGUCCAUCCCCAGCUGCGACAGGAGGGACUGUGGGGAUUACAAGGUCAGACUGAAGAACGACAGCGGGGUCCUGGAGAUCAACUUAAAGCUCAUGGUCAUAGACAAGCCACAGCCACCAGCAGGACCCAUCAAAAUCGUGGAGAGCUCUGCCAAUGCCAUCACCAUCCAGUGGCAGCCCCCAAAGGAUGAUGGGGGCAAACCAGUGCAGAGGUACCUUGUGGAGAGGCAGCAAGCGGGCAAGAACGACUGGGAGACCUUGGGAGACACCUCCAGGAGCUGCACCACCUUCACCACCAACAAGGUGGAAGAAGACACGAGCUACUACUUCAGGGUGAGGGCCGUGAACGUGGAGGGGACGAGCGACGCGCUGGAGUCGGGCGAAGUGAAGGCAGCUGGCAAAGCUUCCCCUGGUGCCCCAGAUCCCCCUGAGAUCGUCAGUGCCAGCAGGGACACCGUCACAAUAUCCUGGAAAGCACCUCGUAAAACUGGCACUUCCCAGAUCGUGGGAUACAUCGUUCAGAAACGCAAGAAGGGCACCAUGACCUGGCUACCAGUCACCAGUGGGCCUGUGAAAGACAAGAAGCUGAAGGUGACCAACCUCAAGAAGGGUGUGCAGUACGAGUUCCGGGUGGCAGCUGUCAAUGCUGCUGGCACAGGAGAUGCCAGCGACCCCUCCCCGCCCGUCUUUGCCCGGGACCCCACGAAAUCCCCAGGCCAAGUGCAGGAGCUCAGAGUGAGCAGCUGUGACAGCACCAGCGUCACCCUGACAUGGAACAGGCCUGAGGUCAAGGAUGGGAAUGAAGUGAAGGGCUACGAGGUGGAAAUGAGGCCUUCCCACAGCUCCAGCUGGACCAAGUGCCUCACCCUCCCUGCAGAGGCCACCACGGGCACCAUCAAGGGCCUGCAGCCCAAGGAGAAGUAUUUUCUGCGUGUGAGGGCCCUCAACGACAGCGGCCCCGGGGAGGCCGCGGAGCUCGAGGCCAUCGCGGAGGCCGCGGCCCCGGCGGUUCCCCCCAGGUUACUGAUCGACGACACGGUGAAAAACCUCCUGGUGGUGAGAGCAGGAAACCCCCUGCGGGUGAAUAUUCCCUUCGAGGGCUCUCCCGAGCCGGCGGUGCUCUGGUUGAAGGAUGGGCUCCCCCUCCCCGACCGGGCUGCCAUAAAAACCCAGGAUGGAUCCACCCGGCUGCUGAUCGGGACGGCCGAGCUCGGGGACAGCGGCUGCUACAGCGUGGAGCUGCUCAACGGGCUGGGCAAGAGGGAGACCUUCAGCUUCCAGGUGCAAAUCACAGACAUCCCACAGCCUCCUGGACCACUGAGGUUGGAAGAGAAUGUGCCCAACACAGUGACAGUGACCUGGGAACCGUCAGCAUCUGAGAAGUGGGAGAAGAACCUCUACUACACCGUCCUGAAACGGGAGUCCCAGAAGGGCGUGUGGCGCGUGGUGGGGGACCUGCUCUACAACAACAAGUUCACGUUCACCAGCGUGAUCCCAGGCAGGGAUUAUUACUUCAGAGUGGUGGCCAAGAACAGCCUGGGAGCCAGUGCUCCAUCUGAAACCGUGCAGCCUUGGAGGAUUCGAAAAGCAAAGGCUGAGAUCUGGGUCAGACCCCAGAGGUACAGGGGAGUCAACCAAAACCAGCACCCAAGGUUCCUCGUCCCGCUGAAGCCCCACGUGGUGGUGACAGGCAGUGAGUGUCACAUGAGCUGUGCAGUGGGGGGCCACCCCCCCCCAAAAGUCACCUGGUACAAAGACAACAGAGACCUCUCCAACGAUCCAAACUACUUCUGCACAAACGACUUCGGAGUCUGCUCCCUGGUCAUCCUGGGAGUCACCAAGCAGGACGCAGGAGAAUACAUGGUGGAAGCCUCCAAUGAAGUGGGUCGUGUCUCCAGCAGAGCCUUCCUUGCCAUCAAAGACUCUGCCCUGUAGCUUGACCCUGCCGAGAACAUCCCUGCCCUGCUCUGUGGAUGAGAAGGUUUGAGUGAGGACUGGUCCAUCCUAAGCCUGUGCAUUUAUUUUCAGAUGUUCACUGGAGCCCAAGGGGUUUAUUUUUCACACCCAGUAAUUGCAUUUUGAACACGACACUGCGUUUUAGUCAAAAUCAGGGGGAAAAUGUUUCAAGAGAAUUGUAUUUUUAUUUUUGUAAUGAUCAUGGCUUUCCACUAGACCUUUAAAACACAUAUUAGAAGCUUUGGGAACACAGAAGAUGAGAGGAAAAAUAUUUGGCCAAAAUGAAACUUUCCAUGGAGAGCACAGGCAGGAGAGAUCAUCCCAGCACACCUCUCACCUGCUGUCAGGCUGCAACAGGGACAUUUCUGGCCACCAGAGAUCUCUGGAGUUGGCCUUUCCCAUGUGGUUUUCUAAGCCAAAACAACCCCUUUGGAUUCCACUGGAUUCUCAGCAGGUUUCCUAACUCUGGGAGCAGUUCUGCAUGUCUUGCACUGCCAGUAGCAGCUCAGUAUGUUGUU